AUGGCUCCCCUCCAGACCAAGAAUCCGUACCGUGAACAGCCGUUUGAGUGCGGCAUACCCGACGUCCCCGAGCACCUCAAGGACGAGACCGCAGUGUACGGCUAUCUCGUCGAACCAUCGGCCUGUGCCCUUGUCUCCUCCACCCCCGAAUUAAUGGCUUACGAUCCCGAAUUAUCCUCCGACCCCGAGUUCAGCACCGAGGACGCUAUCCGCCUGGCCGCUCAGGACGCUGGGAUCAGCACCAUCGGGUUGGGCAUCUACUACACCGACUGGCACGACGCGAGCAAGCGAGGAUGCGAUAUCCAGCGCCAGAUCGUCUUUGCCAUCAACUCGUACAACGGAAGAGAAAGUUGGUUGGACGACGUGCGCCCUCUCACCGGUAGCUUGGAAGUGUUCAAGCAACGGCUCGGACUGGAGGGCGAUCCGGAGUGGAUGAGGACUGCCGACUCGCGGUACCCUUUUGAAUACGGCCGCGAGCCCAAGGUCGAGUAUGUGGAUAAAGGAGUCCGCCAAUCGCCAAGGUCGUAA